AUGAUUUUGGUGGAGCAGCCCGUCACCGCCCUUUCGCCGGCGACGAGGCAUAAGAAUGCCCCGCCUCCCUUCCCCGCCGAUCCCUCAUCCCCACCUUCUUUCUCCGACAUCAUGUUUCCCCCACCCCCGCUGCGCUGGAUUGGAAUGACAUUGGCUUCAAAGUACGUGAUGAUAGUUAAUGGCCAUGUUGAAUGCCACUACUCUGCCUCCGGAAACGGGCAGUGGUCCGCUCCGCGAUUUGUGACCUCGCCCUUCCUGUCUAUUCACGGCAUGGCCCCCGGCCUGAACUAUGGACAACAGGUAUACGAAGGGCUCAAAGCAUUCCGACACGCCGAGAAUCGCAAGAUUACGAUCUUUCGUCCUGACCGCAAUGCGAAGCGCAUGCAGAACUCUGCCGAGGUGGUGUCCGUCCCUCCGGUGCCAGAGUCGUUGUUUCUGGAGUGUGUGCGGUUGGCGGUGGGUGCCAAUGCUGAGUUUGUGCCUCCAUUCGAAUCCGGAGCUGCUAUGUACGUACGGCCGUUGCUGUUUGGGUCAUCAGCGCAGCUGGGACUGAGUCCCCCGGAUGGGUACACCUUGGCAGUCUUUGUCAUGCCGACGGGAGUGUAUCACGGUGCGAGCGCGGUCGAUGCCCUGAUUCUCGAGGACUUUGAUCGAGCAGCACCCCAUGGCACGGGCAAUGCCAAGGUCGGUGGGAACUAUGCCCCUGUACUACGCCAUAGCGAUCGAGCGCGUCGGGAAGGCUUUGGAAUUACUUUACAUCUUGACAGUGCCACUCGAAGCGAGAUUGACGAGUUCUCGACCUCCGCCUUCAUCGGAGUCAAGCGCGAGAGGGAGGAAACCCUCAUUGUGCUACCAGACAGCAAAAAUGCCAUUGAUUCAGUAACGGCUGCAUCGGUGGGCGAUAUUGCCCGCAUGUUAGGAUAUCGAGUGGAAAAGCGGCGAGUCGCAUACGAGGAACUACGGCAGUUCGAUGAAGUCAUUGCUGCUGGCACUGCAGCUGCCCUUGUACCGGUUCGAAGCAUCACAAUGCGCUCCAAGAAUGAUAAAUUUGAGUAUCGCUGUGGUGAUCAAGCCCAAGGGGGCGACGUCUGCGUGAAGCUGCUACAGAUAUUACGGGGCAUCCAGGGGGGCUCCAUGGAAGAUACACAGGGGUGGAACUACGAAGUCACGGCCCCCUCAAAGGAAUGGCUAGAGGAGGCCAAUGUCGAGAAUCUGGAUACUCAGGGUAUCUCUGUCCCUUAA